AAGCUGUAAAUAAAACAAAAUCAAACCGACCGUUCGAACUCCGAAACCUUUUUCUCGCCGGAGCCGUGCGCGCGUACGGCGUGGGAGGUGUGCCCUAGUCGCGGCGUUCUGCUGCCCUCGCCGCCGUCCCGCCCCCGCGUCGCCCCGUGCUCUCGCCGCCGACACCGAGGAGAUCCGGCCUCCAGCCAUGGCCAGUCUUCCUGAUUCUUUCUUGGCCGACUUAGAUGAGUUAUCGGACAAUGAAGCCUAUCCCGAAGGCGAAGAUGAAGAGGCAAGAAAUAUGGAAGAAGAUGGUGAUGGUGGCAUGCCUUGCUGUGAAUUUCUUAAUCACGAUGAUCUUAACAGUGCCUCAGAGCUUCAUAAGACUCAACGUUAUAACGACAUUAUGCAAAAAAUUGAAGAUGCUCUUCACAGAGGGACAAGCAUAUUGCCAGAAGAUUUGGAACAUCAACUUAUUGCUGAUUCCAAUGCUUUAUUAGUAGAUAUCGAUAAUGAGAUCACUAUCAUCUACAAUUUCAUACGGGAGAAGUACUAGCAAAAGCUUCCUCUACUAGAGUCUCGCGUUCACCACCCAAUCGAUUAUGCCCACAUUGUCAAGAAGAUUGGAAAUGAGAUGGAUUUAACUUGUGUUGAUUUGAAAGAUAUUUUGCCAUCUGCAGACAUAAUGUGGAUUAUGAUGACCGAUUCAAUAGCUAGCAAGGAGCCUCUUUCUGAAGAGAAUUUGGUAAAAACAAUCAAAGCAUGUGAUAGAGCUCUUACUCUUGAUGCAGCAAAGAGGAAAGUUCUUGAUUUUUUAUAGAGUCGAAUGGGAUGUAUCGCACCAAACCUUUCUGCAAUUGUUGGGAGUGCUGUUGCUUCAAAACUGAUGGGAGCUGCUGGUGGUUUGGAAGCAUUGGCAAAAAUGCCCUCUUGUAAUUUGCAGCUUCUCGGUGCAAAGAAGAAAAAUCUGUCUGGAUUUUCUACUGCAGCAUCCCAGUUUCGUGUUGGUUAUCUUGAACAAACUGAAGUAUUUCAAAGCACAAUUCCAUCUUUAAGAACUCAUGCAUGUAGAAUUAUAUCUGCAAAAUCAACACUAGCAGCAAGGAUUGAUUCCAUAAGAGGGGAUCCAACUGGAAAAGCUGGGCAUAGCUUGUUAGAAGAAAUCUGUAAAAAGACUGAAAAGUUGCAAGAAUUACCACCUGCGAAGAUCCUAAAGCCACUUCCUGUUCCAGAUUGUAUGCCCAAAAAGAAGAGAGGAGGUUGUCGGCUCCGGAAAAUGAAAGAAAGAUAUGCACAGACUGACAUGAUGAAGCUGGCAAAUCGGAUGCAGUUUGGUGUGCCGGAGGAGAGCUCAUUAGGUGAUGGCUUAGGGAAAGGUUAUGGCUUGCUUGGACAAGCAGGAAGUGGGAAACUACGUCUCUUAGCUGGCCAAAGCAGACUUGCUGCUAAGGUUGCCAAACGAUUCAAGGCAAGGAGUUGUGACAGGAGUGAGUCAAGGUCGGGGUUAACAUCAACUCUGGCAUUUACACCAGUCCAAGGAAUGGAGCUUUCAAAUCCACUGGUGCACAAUGACCAUUCUGUCAGUGGAACCCAAAGCACUUAUUUUUCGGAUGUUGGGACAUUUUCAAGUAUCAGAGGAAAAGAUGCCAUCCCCAUUCAGUCAUCAGAAAUUCAGAAUCCAGGGGUGUGAGCCCAUGAAAAUCAGGUUCUUACCGUUUCCCGAUCACACUUUCACUCACAAGAUGUUGAGAUAAAAGCCUUAAACUAUGCAAUGCCAUGGUUAUGGUGUUCGGUUGAUAUGGGUCUUUUGUUUCUUCAGGCUAUUGUUAGUUGUGCAAGUAGAUGUGUUACAUUCGUUCCUGGCACUAUCAUCGCCUAAAUAAUCACAUAACUGUUUCUAGUGGAUAAAAAGGAGCAAAAGUUAGUUAUGCAAUUUUGUCUGGUCAUUUUUUUUCA